CACUGUAUACAUAAUAAAUAAACAAAUCUUAAAAAAAAAAUUCAUAAAAAAAAAGCAAUGAACAGGGCUGGAGAUGUAGCUUAGUAGUAGAUCAUGUCCCAAUACUACAAAUACAAAGCAUAUGUAAAAUGUAAUUUAUUUAUUUAUUUUUAAAAGCUUAAUUUAAUUUAUGUAUAUAGUGUUCUGUCUGCAUGUAUACUACAGGCCAGAAGAGGGUGCCAGAUCUCAUCAUAGAUGAAUGUAAGCCACCAGGUAGUUGCCGGGAUUUGAACUCAGGACCUGGGGAAGAGCAUCCAGUGCUUUUCUGAGCCAUCUCUCCAGCUCAAUGUAAUUUACUUUUAUUUUAUAUACAUUGAUAGUUUGCCUACAAAUAUGGCUGUAGGAGGAUUUCAGAUCCCCUGGGACAGGAGUUACAGACAGUUGUGAACUGCCUUGUAGGUGCUGGGAAUUGAACCCUGGUCCUCUGGAAAAGCAACAGUGCUCUUAACCACUGAGCCAUUUUUCUAGCUCAGAUGCAAAGCAUUUUUACGUCAAGGCCAGUGCUUUUGCUCUUUUGCUUAAGAAAUUAUGGGUGGACACUCUGCGUUUCACCGUUUGCCACCAUGCCCUGCUUGGAAGAUGCUGUCGCCGGCUCCAUCAGCAUGAAGACUUGGGCCGAGGAUGGCCUUUCUCUGUGCUUCUUGCGGCUCUCGGAGCACGCCACAGCUCCCACGCUCGGGUCCGCCCGUGCUGUGGGCUACAGUGCCUAUGAAUAUACAAUACCGCCUAUGGAGAAAGCCAUUCUGAAAACAGACAUUCAGAUAGCUGUUCCUUCUGGGUGUUAUGGAAGAGUAACUCCAUGGUCUGGCUUGGCAGUAAAGCACUUCACAGAUGUAGGAGCCGGUGUCAUAGAUGAAGUUUAUAGAGGGAAUGUUGGUGUUGGGCUGUCUAACUUUGGAAAAGAGAAGUUUGAAAUAAAAAAAGGUGAUCGAAUUGCACAGCUCAUUUGUGAACGGAUUUUUUAUCUGAACUUAGAAGAAGUUGAAACAAUGGAUGACACUGAAAGGGGCUCAGGAGGUUUCGGCUCCACUGGAAAGAAUUAAAACUGCUUGAAGUAUUUUUUUUUUUGCUGUUUCAACACUGUAAAGAGAAGCUUUAGUUCUGGUAAUGUUUCCUGUUCUAGGAUGCAGAAAAGGGACCUGUUAUGUCACAUUGGAACUUCUCUCUCCUGCAGUAGAUGGUCACCUAUAAAGCCGAAUUGUGAAGAUGGGAAGGACAUGCAGAUUUGGUCAAACCAAGUGUACAAUUGGGGUUUUUGUUGUGUUAUUUAAAUUAUAGUCCUCUAGCUACUAGUUUUGUUCUAAUUGCUUUAUCAGUUGUAAGGUUUUUUUUUUUUUAAUUCAAUAAAGUUGAAGUCUUUAGCAGAAAAAAAAAGAAAUCAUGGGUGUUUGGGAAUUUUUUUUUUAUUUGAGAAGAGUCUUUGGCUGUUUUAGAAUUCAAAGAGUUCCACCUGCCCCUGCUUCCUGAGUGCAGGGAUUAAAGGGAUGUAUGUCACUAUGCCUGGCAUGAAAUUUAUGAAUGUAUAGAUAGGACAACAUGAUUUUUCUGAAUUCCUCAAAAGUUAAUAUUUCAGUUGCUGAUGACAAUACUUCUAGUUCUCAAGGUCUUUGCAUAGUCUGUUUUCCUUUUUAGUUUCCAUUUUGCUUUAGGUCAGUGGUUCUCAACCUGUGGAUCUCGACCCCUUUGAUGGUCUAAAUAUCAGAUAUCCUGAAUAUUAAGUAUAUUUACAUGAGGAUUCAUAACAGUUGCAAAAUUGCAGUUAUGAAGUAGCAAUGGGAUCAUUUUAUGUUUGUGGUUAUGAGGAACUAUGUUAAAGGGUUAUAGCACUAGGAAGGUUGAGAACCACUGUUUUAUAUUGUCUCCUUUAUUUUACUUUGCUGUUAAAAUGUAGAAUCUACUUCUUGUUUUGAGAGGUGCUUUUUUAGGUUUAGUUUUAAAUCGCCCCCCCCCUUCUUUUUAAAGACGAGCAGGAUAGUUGAUACUGGCUGAUGAGAUCAUCAAAAUUUUUUUUGUUUGUUUGUUUUUGUUUUUCGAGAUGGUUCUCUGUAGCUUUGAAGCCUGUCCUGGAACUCACUCUGUAGAUCAGGCUAGCCUCAAACUCAAAGAGAUCCACCUGCCUCUGCCUCCAAAGUGUUGGUAUUAAAGUCAUGCACCACCACUGCCCAGCUAAAAAUCUUCUUGUAUGAAAAAGAGUAGGUAGCUGGGUGGUGGUGGCACACGCCUUUAAUCUCAGCACUCCGGAGGCAGAGGCAGAGGCAGAGGCAGGCAGCUCUCCGAGUUCAAGACCUGCCU